AUGGACUGCUCACCUUCACCUCCAAGGCCCCAGUCACCACCGUUGUCCCCACCACCACGGCGUCGUUCUCGCAGACGACGGCGGUUUUCAGACCGCUUCGCGUGCGGUCACGGCACCCACACUGACGACGAUCACAGGUAUCCGCCGGAACGCACGCAGUCGCUCGAAAGACCCAGCGAUGACCACCAGAAAGACGAUGCCCCGCCCGCCAGAAAGAUUGUCCGCUGGGGUCACGUCACUGAGAUUCCUAGCCCCGACUACAGAAGCCGCGAGCGCGAGGGCAGCCCUGGUGGCUAUCGCCCGUCUUGCAAAGUCGCAGCCAAGCCCUGCUUGAAACCGCCCACUUCCUCAGAUCAGGAGAUGGUGCAGAGGAACCUUCAGGCCAUGGUGGACGUGUCUACAAACCGUCUGAACAUGUACUACAACGCCAUGGAGUACUUCUCCGGUGACGUGGUUCUGGACGAGGUCAUGUGUCAGGACGAGGGACGCCUUUUCCAAAAGGCAAGGAGACAAUCUUUGAAAGAUACGUUCGGCUUCGUCAGGUCGCCAUCUCACACUCCAUCCAGGUCCAGAUCGGGAAUAUCGCUUUGA